AUGGAUCACAAGUUUUACUGGAUUGUCUCGGUUACUCUUAUAGUGGCGGUGGCCGCUUUCACGGUGCACGAAGAAAACUUCGACGAUGAUAACGAAUUGGAUAAUUACGGGGAGAGAAAAGGAAAAAUUCUGUUCCCCUUCGUAAGUAUAGUCCGGUUCGCGAACUCGGACUGCUCCAGUACCAACACUAUGACCGGAACGUGCCUAGCACGGCGGGAGUGUAACAACCUGAAUGGAACCAUCACCGGAACCUGCGCCUCUAGGAGAGGCAGAUGUUGUAUUGUUUCCAGAUCAUGUGGCAGCACUACCAAUGUGAACAACACCUACUUCACAAGUCCAGGCUACCCUUCCGCGUACGCCGGCGGACAAGCUUGUACUAUUAUCGUCAACAGAUGCAACAACAAUAUAUGCCAGCUGCGCAUAGACUUCCUAGACAUGGUGUUAGCCCAGCCAGACGGCGACGGAGUCUGCAGCACGGACUCCAUAACGAUAACUGGUGGUAACACCAUCGUGCCAACACUCUGUGGCGACAACACCGGUCAGACCUUGUUUGUCGACUUCAAUGGAAACGCGGCCAUCACUAUCACGGUGACAGCAACAUUGGCGACCACGUUCUCGAGACGUUGGAACUUGAGACUUAUACAACUCGGAUGCGAUUGUCCGGGGAUAGCGCCCAACGGUUGCCUACAAUACUACACGGGUACUUCGGGCACCAUAACCAGCUUCAACUACGGAACCGCUGCCAAUACAGCUUUGAGUGCGUCGCUUGUGACAGGAACGCGACAGAUCGCUAACUUGAACUACGGCAUCUGUAUACGGAUGGAGGCUGGCUACUGUACUAUACAGUAUGCUCAGACAGCAAACGACCUCUACUCAUUCACCGUAAGUGGUGACGUGGAGGGUGCCGACAACACGGUAUUGGCGACUGCGAUUGGCGCCGUCAACGAUGGCGCUUGUACCACGGACUUCGUGGUCAUACCCAACCCCACCGUCGUGGCCACGGGCGUCUCGGUCGGUACAGAUCGCUUCUGUGGUGUCGGCUUCGUGACAGUCCAAACUGGCGCAAAGCCGUUCGUUUUGUACGUGGUGACGGACGGCAACGAAGGAGCUACGGCUACAACACCACCCGAUGUCGCUAAUAGAGGCUUCUCGCUUGCAUACACACAAGUCGCUUGCUAAUUCCUUGCCUUUAUGUUUAUAGACUGGGGACUUA